CGCGAGGUUUGAGGCCUCAGGGCCGGCCCGGGCGGCUGCAAUAUGGCGGAGACGGAAGGGGAGAGCCUGGAGUCUUGGCUGAAUAAAGCCACCAACCCUUCCAAUCGCCAAGAAGACUGGGAGUACAUAAUUGGCUUCUGUGAUCAGAUCAACAAAGAGCUUGAAGGGCCACAGAUUGCUGUUCGGCUGCUGGCCCACAAGAUCCAGUCUCCACAGGAAUGGGAAGCAGUCCAGGCCCUGACGGUGCUGGAGGCGUGUAUGAAGAACUGUGGGAGGAGAUUUCACAAUGAAGUGGGAAAGUUCCGGUUUUUGAAUGAGUUAAUCAAAGUCGUUUCUCCAAAGUACCUUGGGGACAGGGUGUCUGAAAAAGUGAAGACCAAGGUUAUUGAGCUGCUUUAUAGCUGGACAAUGGCCCUCCCAGAAGAAGCAAAGGUCAAAGAUGCCUACCACAUGUUGAAGAGACAGGGCAUAGUACAAUCUGACCCACCAAUCCCUGUGGACAGGACGCUGAUCCCCUCUCCACCACCUCGUCCCAAAAACCCUGUUUUUGAUGAUGAGGAGAAAUCCAAGCUUUUAGCCAAGCUGCUGAAAAGCAAAAACCCAGAUGACCUGCAAGAGGCCAACAAGCUCAUCAAGUCUAUGGUGAAGGAAGAUGAGGCACGGAUCCAGAAGGUGACCAAGCGGCUACAUACAUUAGAGGAGGUCAACAACAACGUGAAACUGCUCAGCGAGAUGCUGCUUCACUAUAGCCGAGAGGACUCCUCAGAGGGAGAUAAAGAGCUCAUGAAGGAGUUGUUUGAUCGGUGUGAGAAUAAGAGGCGGACGUUAUUUAAACUAGCUAGUGAGACAGAGGACAAUGACAACAGUUUGGGGGACAUCCUGCAGGCCAGUGACAACCUCUCCCGGGUCAUCAACUCUUAUAAAACAAUUAUUGAAGGGCAGGUCAUCAAUGGCGAGGUGGCCACCCCAACCAUGCCUAACUCUGAAGGAAACAGUCACUCCAGUAACCAAGGCACUCUCAUCGAUCUUGCUGAGUUGGACACACUGAAUAGUUUGUCCCCUAUGUCGGCUCCAGCACCCACACCACCCUCCUCGGGCAUCCCAAUCCUCCCUCCUCCCCCCCAGACCUCAGGACCUCCACGCAGCCGCUCAUCCAGCCAGCCCGAGGCCCCCCCAGGGCCCAACAGCAUAAGCAACACCCUCUCCUUGCUGGAUGAGGAGCUUCUCUGUUUGGGCCUCACUGACCCGGCCCCUAAUGUUCCUCCCAGAGAGUCAGCUGGAAAUAGCCAGUGGCAUCUGUUCCAGAGUGAACAGUCUAGCCUGGACUUCUUCAGCCCUGAGCCAGGGCCAGCUGCUGGCAGCAUCCCAGAUGCUCCUCUGCUCCAGCCCUCAGCUGCUGCCUCAGGCAACUCCCAAGCUCCACUGCCACCUCCCCUUCCAGUUCCUGUGGUCCUAGCCAGCAUCUCUGUCCCCAGUGUGGGCUCCUUGUUUUCUACUGGUCUGGCCCAGGCUUUGGCCCCAAAGCCUGACCCUGCAGUCCCUGGGAGCCAUAGCUCUGCACUGGGUGAUAGCACUCUGCACCACCUGGACACCCUGGAUCAGCUUCUGGAGGAGACUAAAGUGACAUCAGGUUUGGUGAAACCUGCUGCCUCACGCUUUCCCUCUGGGGCCACCACCUCCCCUCUGGCCCCCACCAUCACCCCAGCCAGACCUCUCCUGCCCUUCUCCACUGGGCCGGGCAGCCCUCUCUUUCAGCCACUGGCCUUCCAGCCUCAGGGAAGCCCCAUGAAGGGUCCUGAGCUCUCCCUGGCCAGUGUUUAUGUGCCCCUGGAGUCGAUCAAGCCUAGCAGUGCCCUUCCUGUGACAGCCUAUGAUAAAAAUGGCUUCCGCAUCCUCUUCCACUUUGCCAAGGAGUGUCCUCCAGGACGGCCCGAUGUGCUGGUAGUGGUGGUGUCCAUGCUGAAUACAGCUCCCUUGCCAGUCAAAGGCAUCGUGCUGCAGGCUGCAGUGCCCAAGUCCAUGAAAGUGAAAUUGCAGCCACCCUCUGGGACAGAACUCUCUCCAUUCAGCCCUAUCCAGCCACCUGCAGCCAUCACCCAGGUCAUGUUGCUGGCCAAUCCACUGAAGGAGAAGGUGCGGCUUCGGUAUAGGCUGACCUUUGCACUGGGGGAGCAGCUGAGCACGGAGGUGGGCGAGGUGGACCAGUUCCCUCCUGUGGAGCAGUGGGGGAACCUAUGACCCCGAAGGACGCUGUGAUCUCUACUCCGAAGCCCACCCAGGCAGGAUGCCCUAAGAUGGGGAGUGCUCUGGUCCAGUCACUUGCCACAUCCUAAUGACAGUGCUUAUAGCUUUGAUGUGGAACAGGGGCCCUGGGCAUUUCUGCUUGGAGCCAAGCUGCUGCUGUGAUAACCUCUCUUUUGGCCCCCCUAAGAGGACCUGUUUUUAUCUACCUGUGUGACUUGAAGUGGCCAUAUGCCGUCGGGGGUGGGAGGGAGUGGCCUCUGACCUCACUACUGUCCUGGGAACAUGAAGCCCAGGCCAGGAGUAAGUUUUUUUCCUUUUUAGUGGCAUUCACUGAAGCCCUGGUUGAGGGAGGUCUCUAAAGGUAUAUUGCCACCCCUUCCCAAGAGCCACAUCCCACAUCUUCACACCUCACAGAGGUGCAGGUGGAGCCAGCCCACCCCUGCUGUGAAUCCAUGCUUCCCUUGCUGGCAGGCUCCUGCUGCCACCUAGAAGUGGGCCGAGCUUAGUGGCCCAGGAUGGUGCUUGGCCCACAGUGAGGAGUUGGUGUUGCAGAAACCACGGCCCUACCUUCUGUGGGCAGUGGCAUCCUGAACAGCCACUGAGCAAUGAGUUGCACACUUGUCCCUGGCAGUGACACGCUAUGUCCUAUGGACAUCUCAGCAGGACAUGGAAGUCAACCUAGCAGAAAUAGAACUUGGCCUUGUGAUAGCCUAAACAAGGGAUAGAAAGGAAUGAAGAGAACCAAUAUUUCCCCUCCUCCAGAAGAUGAGUCUUCUGGGAAAAGCAUGCCCCUAACUGUGGGGACAGGCCAUCCUACUCACUACCUCUUGCUUGGCAUGAAAUAAACUGCUGUCCUCCCCUUAGAGUCUCUGAAGGGAAGGACAACUCCCACCACUCUCCGUGACAUCCUGCUUUGCCCUCCUCCCAUCAGUUGGCAUGUGGUGUGGUUGGACACUUAAGGGUCAAGUACGUCACAUUAGAUAUGUGCUGCCCAGAACCUUGUUCCCAGCUACUAAGGAGCUCCGUCAGCAAGAUGUUGGGUCUGGAGGUGAUGAGAUCCAGGCCAUACUUCAGCCAAGUCACCAGAGCCUAUGAUACAAGAGUGCUUGAUCCCAUCUAUCUUUUCCCAGCUGCUCUGGUACUUGGGUACAAUCCUGAGCCUAGGAUACCAGGCCUGACAAAGCAACAGAAAAGAUAGCCACCAGCUGCCACAGAAGCUGAGGAAGAGCACACUACUCAGCUGGAUGGGCUCUGUGAUCAGAUGUCUCUGGGAACCAUGUUCCUUGAUCCCUCCACCCCUUGCAAGACUCCCUUACUCUGGAUCAAGAAGUCCUCUCCUCUCCCCUCACUGUCUCAAGCAAGCAGGUUUCACUGCUUCAUUAGGACAGGUCAAAAGUGAAUCAUUUUCACUAAAAAAUAAAUCCAAGAGUUUUCCAGAGACUGGCUGCUACAGCCCUGGGAAUGUCUGUGGGAUUACUAUGUGGAAAUGUACCUUUAUAGUAAGCUUUAGACGUUAAAAUUAUGAUAGUGUUACUUGUCACUAUUGAGGUCACUGCUUUGUAGCAAAUAGCUGUACUGGAUGUACCAACUCUGCUGCCCUUGUUUUGCUGCAUGUUAAAUAAACCAUUUUCAC